AUGUCUACCGACGUCAGUUUGAGGCAGCCGCGAAUGCAAAUGGUUGGUCAUCGACCGAAAAGGCAACUGCACUCACUUUGGCCCAACGAGGAGAUGCUACAGCUGUUCUUCAAAGAAUGCCCGAAGAGCAAGAGGUCUACAACUAGUAGGACAUUUGGAGAUGCGAUAUUGCCAGUCACAUUUAGAACAUGUCUAACAUACUCAACUAAAGAAUCGGUUCCAGAAGUCAGGCGAGUCCUUGCAGGAGUUUGA